GUUGCCGUUCUCGAAGGUCUUCCUCCUGCUGUCACGUUGGACCUUGCUUUUACUACUACUCGCAUGCUGAGAGAUGCCAACCUAGUUCGGCACCUAAAGCCUUGUGAAGUCAUGGGCAACGCGACGACAGUGUGCUCUGACAAAACAGGAACAUUGACUCAGAAUAAAAUGCAAGUUGUAGCUGGAGCAGUAGGA